GCGUGGAUGUUUAAAGGUUUGGAUCGUUGAAGUUUUGAUGAGUUGAUGAAUAUAUGAUGUUUGAUGAACCGUUGAAAGUUGUUGUGUUGGUUUUGUGAAGGAAACUGAUCCUUUGUCUCCUUCUACAUUUCUGAAGGGUUUGUGUCAAAUGGGAAAAUGGUGAUGAACAUUUUUGGGUUUAUGAUGAAUUUAGGGUUUAUGACAUCAACUAAUUUCUUCUUCUAUUUGCGUUUCUUCUUUGUUGAAUCUUUGUGGUUUUAGAGUAUUUAAAUUUGGUUGGACUGGAUUUCUUAGGCUAAGUCAUGAUGGAUCUCUUUCUCUGUUUCAUAAGCAUCCUUCUCCAACGAAGAAGACGCUGACUCUGCUCAUAUUUUCGAGGUUGUCGUCAUUGUCGGUGUUGCUUUGCAGGUUCUCGAAAUCAAUUGGAUGUUAUCACAACCCAUUGAACUGCUGUAGCUUCUUUGUUUGCAGUUAUAAUAUCGAGUAGCUCACAAACUGGAAUUCGGCUCUGAUUAUGCAGCUGUCACAGGAUAUCAGUUCAGGUAGGGCUAAUUGGAAUGGAUUAUCUGAUACAGUAUAGACCAGUUAUAGACAUGUGGAGCAUUGGCUGCAUAUUUGCAGAACUUUUAACCGGAAAACCUCUUUUCCCUGGGAAGAAUGUUGUCCAUCAAUUGGAUAUCAUGACUGAUUUUCUUGAAACACCAUCUCCUGAUGCCAUUGCAAGGAAUACGACUGAGGUUGCAGAGGAUUUAUCCAAAUGUUGCAUCAAAGAAGUUGAGAAACCGCCUGUAGAUAGGAGUAAUGUUAUUCUUUCGAUGACCCGACUUCCUUUUCAAACUCCUCAAAAUGUUCAAGGUCUUGCUGCAAGGCCCGAAAAAUUUGUUGGUUCUGCAAUGCAUUAUAAUAACUGUGGGGUGGCAGCAGAAAUCGAACAACGGAGGGUGGUUAGGAAUGCAUCUAUUUUGAAUCAGUAUGCGGCUUCAAGUUAUCGGCGGAGAAAUCCAAACUAUAAAAGCGAGAGGAUAGAAGAUGAUGCGAUUGAAGGUUCUAACGGGAUGCAACCAAAGCUUCAAUACAUAGCAAGGAAAGUUGCUGCUGCUCAAGACGAAGCAGGUAGCCACUGGUAUUGAUUUUUAUCAUGCUGCUCAAGGCAGAGCAUGUAGCCAGUGGUAUUGAUUUUUGAUAAAAAAUGAAGUUUACGCGGCUUAAAAUUGCGUUGUGCCAUGAAGAUCUUGUGAUACCUGGAUUUCAUGUGCUACACCUAAUCUUGAGUUUCUGAGCUGCAGAAAAUUUAAGUGGGCAUAACCUUGACUAUGAUCAACUUAAGAUAGCUUGAGAGAUUCACUUACAAAGAACAAGUUUCUGGCAAACGAUUUCGUCAAUCGGAGUACUGAAAGGGAGUCUCGCAUGGUCUAAUUAUGAUUUUCUUACGCUAAUUUGUGAAAUAAUAGAAACACAAGAGACAUGGUAACAUAUGAACUUGAAGGCAGAGCUGUUGUUCAAUGCAGAAUUGAAACUGUAACUUAAUAGUACUUAAUAGUAUUGACUACCAUUAUAAAGAUGAUGUUUUUUUUAAAGAUUUUAAU